AUGGUAGUAGAGAAAGGCCCCAUACAGGUUCAAGAUCUUAACAUGCUAGAAGCUGUACAAACAUAUAGGAGGAAACUAUUUGUGCCUAAAAAUGUAAUGAUCACAAGUGCAUACAAUGUAGCAUUUACAGCAUUAUUUACCUCUGUCUCCAAGAACAUCCUGGAGCUGAAAAUUUGUGAUGAAGAUACAGUCACCCCAGAUGACCACCUCUUCACUGUUUGUUUUGACAUAGCUAAUAUCCAGCUUGGAGGAAAAGUGUGCCUGAACUUUGAGUUGAAUCCAAAGACCCAGGAAGAGCUGGAGGUGGAGUUUGCACUGGAAAAUAUUUCAGCUGUUCCUGAAAACACUGUUACUAAUGGAGUAUUAGUGUCUCGAGAAGUUUGCUGUCUAGAAGUACAGGUGGAUGAAGGAAAAAAGGAGACGGAUCAUAGAAAGAGAGAUUUCACGUUCACAGUGGAAGGAUCCUAUGAAGGAACGAAGAAACGUUCAUUAGACCCUAGCAGCCCUGCUCUGCUAGAUGCUACCAUGUUCCACUAUGUGAAGUACAGUCAAUCAAAAUUGGAUAUUACUCUGCCAAAGAAGAGAUUUUUCUGUGAUUAUAGGACAGAUGAAAGGGAAACGGAUAUAAAAGGUCCCCUGACUGUGCAUCUGAAUUCACUUAACCUGGGAGAGAAAGUAACAGUAGUGCAGAACAAAACAUAUGGGGUUUAUGUGAAAGCAGAAGAGUGUCACAAGGACCUGGAUGUGCGCUUGGGGUUUGACCUGUGUGUAGGGGAACAGGAUUUCAUUUGUAAAAGGAAGAAAGUGGUUGCUGCUGCUUUGAAAAACGUUCUGCAACUUGAGGAAGAUCUGCAGGAUGAUGAGGUACCAGUGGUGGCAAUCAUGACAACAGCAGGUGGAGUGCGAUCCAUGACAGCUAUGUUUGGAAGCCUUUUGGCUCUUCAGAAGUUGGAUCUCUUAGACUGUAUUUCAUAUAUUGCUGGUUUAUCUGGCACAACAUGGACCAUGACAAGGUUAUAUGAAGAUGCAUUUUGGUCACAGAAGGAUCUGGAGGGGCCAAUCAAUGAUGCUCGGAAGCAUGUGAUGAAAAGUAAGCUGGACUGUUUCUCUUUGGAUCGCCUGAAAUACUAUGAAAAGGAGCUGUGCCAGCGACAAAAAGAGGGUCACAAAACAACUUUUACAGAUCUGUGGGGACUCCUCAUUGAAUCCAUGUUUCGUGGUGAGGAAAAUCCUCACAAACUCUCAGACCAGCGACAAGCGGUUAAUCAGGGUCAGAACCCCUUACCGGUCUACGUGGCCCUCAAUGUCAAGGACAACUUUAGUACCCUAGAUUUUAAAGAAUGGGUGGAAUUCACUCCCUAUGAGGUGGGAUUCCCAAAAUAUGGAGCCUUUAUUCGUACAGAAGAUUUUGGUAGCGAGUUCUUCAUGGGUCAUUUGAUGAAGAAAAUUCCAGAAUCCCGGAUCUGCUUUGUGGAAGGCAUGUGGAGUAAUAUAUUUUCACAGAGUGUUCUGGAUGCCUUGUACUUCUCAGAUUGUUCAGAAGAUUUCUGGCAUCGGUGGACCCGAAACAAAAUGCACGAAAUUGAGGAGCGGCCUAUUCUACCUACAAGACCAGGUGAUAAAACUUGCCUAUUCUUCCCCAGCAGCUGCCUUUCUGAGGCUCUUCGAGACAUCAUAACACACCGUCCAGUGAUUUCACAUUAUCACAAUUUCUUAAAGGGUUUGCAGAUGCACGAUAGAUACUUGGAGAAAGACAGGUUUUGCAUGUGGAAAGACACUGUGUUAGAUUCUUCCCCGAAUGAACUGAAUGAAAGAGCAGACUACCUGGAGAUGACAGACACUGCUUUCUUCAUCAAUACUAGCUGCCCACCACUUUUAAGGCCAGAGAGGACAGUGGAUGUUAUCCUUCACUUAAACUACAGUGGGGGACUGCAGACAUUGCCUCUGGACCAGGCCGCAAAAUACUAUGCCGAGCAAGGAAUUCCAUUUCCCAGAACUGUGCUGAGCGAGGAAGAUAGGAAACAUCUAAAGGAGUGCUACCUCUUUGAAGAUGCUGAGAGCUCACGGGCUCCUAUAUUGCUUUAUUUCCCACUAGUGUGUGAUACCUUCCAAAAAUACAAGGCACCUGGUGUGGAACGCAGUCCUACGGAGAUGAAACAAGGCCAACUUAAUGUUUCUAGCACUGCGUUUACCCCAUACGCUACUUGCAUGCUCACAUACACAGAGGAGAAUUACAACAAGCUGCUGAAUCUGACCAGCUAUAACAUCCUAAAUAAUAAACAUUUGAUUCUUCAGGCCUUGCAUACAGCAGUGGAACGCAGGAAAAACUUGAAAAAACAUUCAUCUUCCUAAUUAUCUUAAUAUCUUGAAGGAGAUAUGUAUAUAUUUUCUUCCAUAGGGAACAGUUAAAGUAUUCUGAGGAUUGGCCAGUAUUACAUACAUGAAAAGCUGCUUAAGUAGGAUACCUCUGUUAAGUCCUUUCUAAUCAAAGGAUGCAAAAGAAAAAUUAGGAAUUAAUUAAGGACUGUGUGAGGGAAUGCAAACUGCAAUAGAAUAAAACAAGAAUUAUGUGAGGGAAAACUCAUUUUCAAUUAAUGAACUUUUUUGUUAAAUGUUGCCCUUUUUAUUAUUUUUCUGGAAUCAUGUAGAGAAAUUGUUAUUUAAAUGCUAAGCUUUCAGACAUGUCAAAAUAUCUCAACGAAGCUCAGAUGGCCCAGAGAGAUCAAGAUCAUUGACUUGAUAAUGUCUGUUCAAAGACCUAUGAAGUAGAUUUUUCUAUUGCAUACCAUGAUCCUCUUGUGGUAUUGAGAAGGAAACUAGACAUAAAGAUCAUUGGCCCUUGGAAAGGAAGGAUGAAUAACUGAAGGAAGGCACUAUGGUUAGUUGUCUUUUGUGAAGUCAGUAUUUCUUUUUUAAGUAAUAAUCUAAUUUUCAUCAUGUUUCCCUGGUUCAGUGAUCAUCGCAUUGGCAUUUUUGGGGGAUGGACCCUUCUUCUAGUAUCUAAUAAAUUUUGUUAUGGAUUACUAUCCCGGGUGAUUACUUGCCAAGCAGUUCAAGCAAACCAGGGUGAUAACUAGGAUUUUCUAUUGCAUAACUAGUGGAAUGGAGUGGGAACCACUGUAACAAUUCUUCCUUAUGCAUGCAACACUUUUUUCUAUUAAUUAUCCACUAUUAGGUCACUAUCCUUCAUGGCAAUAAAAUUUAUGAGAUCAACUUCAUUCAUAAGUGAGGUCGGCUCAUGUGAAGAUUGAAAGUUUACCUAUUUCUGACAUUUACAUUACAAAAACAUGUGUUUACAAGACUAAUUUGUUUCUUCUGAAUAACUGUUCAUAGCCUUUUUUUAAUGUCUCCAGGGAAAUACUAAUACAGCCAAAAUACUAAAAAUCUGGUCUUCUUAUGGCUUUUAUAUAUACAUAUAUCUACUGUGCUAUAGCUGAACUGCUAAUACAGACACUGGAUACUGUUGCAUAUUUAAAAUUCUAGCAAUUUAAAUGUAGUUCUUUAAAAUGGUUCCUUUCACUGAAUUCCAUAUACUCAGGUCAUCUAAUUGGAUUCAGCAGUUGAGCAUCAAAACUAUGGAACAUUUUCUGACUGUUGCUGGAAAAACCAGAGAGUAAAGAGUUGACUCCAACACUCCUGAAGAUGUUUGGGGAUAGGACUAUGAUAAACUUCCCAGGAGGCUUUUGAAGAUCAAGGAAGGGGAAAAUUUUGGAUACAUAGUAUAGGCCACUGCACAAACUCUCCAAUUAUAAAGUAAGGUGGACAGAGGUCCUAGUUCCUGAGAAGGAGUUUCUGGAGUCCAUGGGAAAGGCUUUAUAUCAUAAUAUUUAUAUUUUGACAUCUGAUUAUCACCAGAAUAACAGGAUCUCCAAAUCUAAAUAUCACACUAUUAACGAUGAUUAAAGCCACUUACUUGGCUAUUUCACUGAUCUUAGUGGAAUGUCCUAUAUGUAUAUUUUUCUUGUUUUGCAUGCAGCACUCUUUCUGCUCUUAACUGCAGGCUUAUCAUUUAGUUUAAUCUAACUAUCAGCUGACAGUGAGGGAAAAAUGAAGUAUAUGCAGGGGCAGAUCCAGUGGAGUGCAGCGGCAGACCCAGCCUUUGAUCCCCAGUGCCUGGAACAGGGAGCAGAAUUUCUAUUUUGGCAACACUGAGAGAGUUAAUUGACUUAAUGGCUCAUUAUCACCUCCCUGAUUUGUUAAAACCUCUUUUUCUUCAUUGCCUCUAGUCUGUAAGAUGCUAUAAUGUGCUGUGAUGUUGAAAGUCAUGUACUGUAAUGUUGUAAUGUGAAUGACAAUGCCCAGAAGCCUCCAGAGGGCUGGAGAAAUGAACUGCAUCAUGUACUAGGACUCCCAGAAGGCAGCAGGAGGAAGUGGAAGGAGCAGCGUUGGAGUGUGGGUGGCUGCAGCAGUGAGGGAGAUGCAUGCCAGAGAUUUGGGAUGAGUGGUGAAGCUAGGUCUACAACCUGCAGCAGCAGGGCUCAGAUGUGGAGCCUGGGCAGAUGGCAAUUAAGCAUUUUAUGAGACCAGAGACUGGUCUGGAGCCCUCUGGAAUUGUGGGGGAGUUUAAGGUUCUCAAGUGUACAGAUCAUGGUUUAAUAUUUUCUACUGGUUAUCUGUUCUUGGGUGAUUUCAGUGCACUGUCACUGUUUACUUCCUGUUUUCCAGAUCCUAAGUAUAUGUACCGUAAUGUCAAUGUUUAUUUACCUGUGUCUGUCCCCCUCUCCUUAACCGAUUGACUUGUGACCCUAAUCCCCAGCAGCCCUUAUAUAAAACUGGGAACUUCCCUUGUUUGCUCCCUGUGCCAAUUCCUGGGAUUGUAGAGUUUGGUACACUGCAUCUUAUAGCAAAAUACUUGUUAGUUCUUAACUGAAUGACUUCACACCCCAUACUAGUAAACUUCAUGUCAAUUCUCUUGCUUCAUGGAAUGGUUCUUCCUCUGUAAUAAUCGAAUCUUCCUCUGGAUUGCCAGUCACCCUCACUUUGAGUGACAUCCACAAAUUUAAUAAAAUCACAUCUAGUUCCUGUACCAAGGUCACUAAUGAAAAUAUCAUACAAGAUAGGCCCAACACCAGUCUUUGAGGAACACCCCUACUAAAUGCUCUUGAACCUGAUAACUCAUUUUUCAGUAUGAUUUACUGUAAUUUUCUUUUUAACCAAUUUAUCCAGUUCAGCAUUACUCAACAGCCUCUCCAGUUUGGCUAAUAAUUUUGCAUGAGGACAUGGUACCAGAUCUUUGCUUAAAAUCUAAAUAAAUGUAGUCUGUUGCCUUGA